AUGCACAACACACGCUCUCGCGCUCGUUGUCAACCAGGCAUAUCUACUCCGAAGCACUUGUCGACUGAAGGGAGCGGCAGUGAUGAAGAAUCGCAUUCGCCAUCCACCGCAGUAGCGGCGCGCAGCCGGUCGAGUCGCAGCCAAGGCAAACUUCAGUCGACUGGAGGAAGCGAGAGGACACGAGCAGGACAGGACAAAAAACAGACUUCUCGAAAAGACGGGCAAUCUACACGACCCUACUGCACGAUUGCGUACAUCCGCGGCAUGGUCAACCGAGACCCUCUGGAUAAAGAAUGCCCCAACUGGAAAUUCCACGGUGGUCAGAGACACCCCAUAGGGCCGCAGGAGUUCACACGCCAGCUUCACCGUCAACUUGCCCGAGAUCGAGAUCUUGGGUUCGAACAACUACACGUCUGUGGUCGGACAGGCUACCUCGUGAAAGCUACCCUUCUAUCACAUGGAUACACUGUGGUCAUUAAAGCUACCACAGUGGGGAAGCAGCAUCGCCUUCAAGCGGAGUUGAACAAUUAUCGUCACCUUAGGAGCUUGCAAGGACAUCAGAUCCCCGUCUGUCUUGGAGACUUUCAGCCACGCGUCGCGUAUUGGUACCAUGGUAAAUUAAUGGCCCAGAUGAUGAUCCUGAGCUAG